GGCUUGUCUGUAACGUUGAGUUUCUUCUCCCUGUUCUUUCUCGGUAAAUUGUGUCACAGUCAGCCUGCGCUUCAGAUACACAGAUGCCGCUGAAACGCACCAAAGAACGGUCGCUGUUUGUGUGAAAUCACACAGAGACGAUGCACAGGUUCAUUAAGAUGGCUGGUUGUGCAGCUCACACUUGUGGAAUAUUCCUGGAUUACAGCAGAAAGACUUCGUUACUCCUCUGGUACUAGAGGUGACCGUGUUCGUGGGUGAGCGUCCUCCCUGUGAUCAGCCUGCAGGUUUUCAAUCACACUUUGCUGAGAUGAGUCCGUUCUACAUCGUGAUUGAAGUAGUAAUUGCUGUUCUCUCCAUAUCCGGCAACGUGCUGGUGUGCUGGGCCGUCGCGAUCAACACCACUCUGAAGAACGCCACCAACUACUUUCUGGUGUCUCUGGCUGUGGCUGACAUUCUGGUCGGUUGCCUCGCCAUCCCCUUCGCCAUCACUAUGAGCAUCGGCAUCUAUCUGGACUUCUACGGAUGCCUCUUCCUGGCCUGUUUCGUCCUGGUUCUGACCCAGAGCUCCAUCUUCAGUCUUCUUGCGAUUGCAAUCGACAGAUAUCUGGCCGUGAAAAUCCCCCUGAGGUACAAGGAGCUGAUGACCGGGAAGACGGCCCGAGAGAUCAUCGCUAUUUUAUGGAUCCUGUCCUUCGUUAUUGGCCUCAUCCCUUUCUUCGGGUGGAACUCCAUGCACAAGAGCUGCGGGAACAACAAUGGCUCUGCAGCACAAAACACUACAGACGGGGGGCCGGGGGGAGGGGGGGACCUGCUACCGAGCUGCUGGCUCCAGUGCUACUUUGAGAGCGUGGUGGACAUGAAGUACAUGGUGUACUUUAACUUCUUUGUGUGCGUGCUGCUGCCUCUGCUCAUCAUGCUCUGCAUCUACCUGAAGAUCUUCACGGUGGCCAGGAAGCAGCUGAGAAAGAUCGAGCUCAAGUGCGUUGGAAACGGGGACAGCCAUCAUCACGGGCUGCUGCAGAAGGAGAUCCGCGCCGCCAAAUCGCUCUCCAUCAUCGUGGGACUGUUCGCCAUCUGCUGGCUGCCCGUCCACAUCCUCAACUGCCUCACGCUGUUUUAUAAGAACAUGCAAAAACCCGAGCUGGUCAUGUACGUCGCCAUCAUUCUGUCGCACGCCAACUCUGCGGUCAACCCCAUCAUCUACGCCUACCGCAUCCAGGACUUCAGGAACACCUUCCGGAAGAUCCUGGCCCAACAUUUCCUGUGCCGCAGGGAGGAGCUGUACCUGAGCUCCAACGGCAGCAGACGCAACAAAGACCAGAUCCACAUGACCAUCGACCCUCUGCUAUAGACCGAGUCUGUCUGUCUGAGGAGGAGGAGGAGUAAUACUACUCUCACAGAAGUUUCUAAUGUUUACAGAACGGGGGUGUUAUUUGUGAAGCUGAACUGCCUUGAAUGUGGGCGUUUAUUUAUGGAUUGUUACGAUGACGGAGGUCAAGCAGAGAGACGUUUAAGAGUCUUAAAUAACUUUUGUACGGUGAAGGACUUUUGAUGGAGCUAACUGGAUUUAUGUGACUGUGAACAAACGCUCUUCAUCACUCUGAUAAUCCUCCCUGUUACGUCUCCAAACACUCAAGUUUUAUAUUGUCAACAUUCAGUGCCAGUGUUUAUCCCUUUAUUUAUUACCAGACCUUAUCUGUGAGAAUGUAAAGAUCAAAAACCUUUGUGUGGCUCCAUCUGUAGUCUGAAACCUGGAGAGGUACACGAGUGGUCGUCUGCAUCCUUCAGCCUGAACUCAAACUAAAGAGCAUCACGUGGUCCAAACACA